UUGUAACUAUUCGUCGCCGCUGUCAUUAAACUAUUCGCUUACUAUUUGUCGACCAGAGUGUCCCCGGGGUCCCUGAAACUGAGCUCCCGCCUCACUACCCCUCCGGCCCGCGCAUGAGCUUCCAAGGGGGCGGGGAGACAUGAGAGUCCCGGAGCAGGCGAGCUAGCAAAGAAGAGGAGUUGACACCGAGAGCCGAGCCCUCACGGCGGCAAACACUUCCCCGACUGCGGGGCCGUACGCGCCCCUCGGAGGACACUUUACGCACUCAUGGUAGUCUUGUGGAAACCGCACACGUUCGAGCGCGACGACGACGAGGAAGAGGAAGAAGAGGCGGUAGCGAUGUUUCGGUGCAACUGAGGAGGAGUUCGGACUUAGCUUCCUCAAGUGACUUUGAAGCGGAUACGAGCCCGGGAAGCUGCGGAUUUAAGAAGCCGCCAACGAGCUACUUUUUGGCCGGCUACUUAUCCCCGCGUGUUCCAUCGCCGGAGGAAGGUGAGGCGAGACAUGCAGGUGAAGAAGCACCGCGAGGAGCCGCACCGGAGCGGCGGCGACAUGCUGGAAGAGGACGCCCCCCGUAAAAAGACCUCCUGCUUCUCCAAUAUCAAGAUAUUCCUCAUUUCGGAAUGUGCGCUCGUAUUGGCGCAGGGCACCGUGGGAGCGUACCUGGUGAGCGUGCUGACCACCUUGGAGCGUCGCUUCAACCUGCAAAGCGCCGACGUCGGAGUGAUCGCCAGCAGCUUCGAAAUCGGCAACCUGGCGCUCAUCCUGUUUGUCAGCUAUUUCGGGGCCAAAGCGCACCGGCCCCGUUUAAUCGGGUGCGGUGGUAUCGUCAUGGCGCUGGGCGCCUUCCUUUCUGCGCUCCCCGAGUUUCUUGCCAGCCAGUACCAGAUAGGAGACACGUGGCGGACUGACCUGGGGCGGGACGUGUGCUCUAACAGCAGCCAGGACACUCAGUUGGCGGAGGACGCCGUGUGUGCCAACAGGGCCAACACCAACAUGAUGUACCUGCUGCUGAUCAUGGCUCAGGUGCUGCUGGGCAUCGGAGCAACGCCGGUGCAGCCCCUGGGGGUGUCUUACAUAGACGAUCACGUCAAGAAGAAAGACUCUUCUCUCUACAUAGGAAUCCUCUUUUCCACUCUGGUGUUCGGGCCUGCCUGUGGCUUCAUCCUGGGCUCAGUCUGCACUAAGUUUUACGUGGAUGCCGUCUUCAUUGAUACCAAUAAGCUGAGCAUCACUCCCGAGGACCCGCGAUGGAUCGGGGCCUGGUGGGCGGGCUUCCUCCUGUGUGGUGCCUUACUCUUUAGCUCCGCCCUCCUGAUGUUCGGCUUCCCUCAGUCCCUGCCCACCAAGGAGAGGGAGGAGGGGCCGGACAGUGAGCAGACCAUGCUUCCUCCUGCUGCUCCUUUGAGUCCAGACUAUGAGGCUCCAAAGACCAGCAACGGUGCCAUGAGCAACCACGAGCUGGCCAACAGCCCCACCUGCUGUCAGCAACUCAGGGUGAUCCCCAAAGUAACCAAACACCUGCUGUCGAAUCCCGUCUUCACCUGCAUCAUCUUAGCGGCCUGCAUGGAGAUUGCCGUGGUGGCAGGUUUCGCCGCCUUCUUGGGCAAAUACCUCGAGCAGCAGUUCAACCUCACCACCACCUCAGCAAACCAGCUGUUAGGCAUGACUGCUAUUCCGUGCGCGUGUCUGGGAAUCUUCAUGGGUGGCCUGCUGGUGAAGAAGCUCAACUUGUCGGCACUUGGAGCAAUCCGCAUGGCCAUGCUGGUCAACCUGAUCUCCACCGCGUGCUACAUCUCCCUCCUGUUCCUGGGCUGCAACACGGGCUCCGUUGCCGGGGUCACGGUCAUGUACGGCAACAGUACUCUGCAGGUGGGCGACAAACCAGAAGCUCCGUGCUUCAAUCACUGCAACUGCUUCACCUCCUCCAUCAGUCCCGUAUGCGGCUCCAACGGCGUCACCUACCUGUCGGGCUGCUUCGCCGGCUGCACCCACAACCUCGCUCAGAACCUGAGUGGAUGUUCGUGUAUAUCUGCUGACAGCGAGUUAGCCACAGCUGUUCCAGGAAAAUGUCCGACGGCUGGCUGCCAGGAGACCUUUCUCAUCUUCCUGUGCGUCAUCUGCGUGUGCAGCCUGGUGGGAGCCAUGGCCCAGACACCUUCUGUCAUCGUCCUCAUCAGGACUGUGACCCCUGAACUGAAGUCAUACGCUCUUGGAGUGUUGUUUCUUUUGCUGCGACUUUUGGGGUUCAUCCCGCCUCCGCUCGUCUUCGGCGCCGGGAUCGACUCCACCUGCCUUUUCUGGAGUUCGGACUGCGGCGACAGAGGCGCCUGCUUGUUGUACGACAACCUGGCCUACAGGCGUCUGUACGUCAGCCUGGCCAUCAUCCUGAAAGCCGUGGCCUUCCUCCUGUACGCCACCACGUGGUACUGCCUGCGCCGCAACUACAACACCUACAUCAAAAGUCACGAGGCUCAAAUGUCGCCCAGCGAGUUCUACCCGUCGCUCUCGGACGGGCCCAAACUAUCGGACAGGACAAAAUUCAUCUACAACCUAGAAGAUAACGAGCGUUGUGAAAACAUGGAGUCUGUUUUGUAGGCCGUGAAGCCACAAGGACGGCGUGGACUUUUCAUGCUCUGCUGUCCUCAAUACAAGGGUCCAUUUUUAGCUGCGUGGUAGACUCGAGGAGCUCGUUUGUGUUUUGCUAGGCAGACAAAGACAAGACUGAUCGACUGCAGUGGCGUUAAAACUACUGGCUGCCAUAUUCUUUUAGCUCUGUCAUGGCCGCAGGAAUGUGUGGGAGAACAUGACCAUCGCACUUACCGAGGAGUACCAGGACCACGCGUAAAGGAAAAUGAUUAGGGAAAAACUUUGGAAUAAUGUGAGAAUUUUUAAAAAUUUUACCCACAAAAUAAUUUUAAUGAGAAUAAAGUUACUAUUUUACAGUUCAAACAGAGGUCGGCAAUAGGGGUCCACAGAGGUACUGCAGGGGGGGUCAUGACAUUUAUAUUCGUUUUAUAUUCCACCUGCAAUUUUCCCACAAAUGUAAUGUCUUUAAAUACACCUUAACAUUGUUGUUUAGAUGGCAGUGACAUGGCCACCCUACUCACUGUCCCUUGCAGGUUUGAAACAAAACAUGAAAAUUAUACUGCAUUAUUAUAACAAUCCUAGGAAUUAGGCUAGCUAGAUAUUAGCCUCGCUAUACUGUAUUCUCUGAAUAUCUAAUGGUGCGUUCCAUUUGUUCUGGGGAAUCGGAAUUUCAGAGUUCAUAGUCUGAAGUUUCAACUGGAAUGCCCCUCAUGGUCGGAUUUCCUACUUGGAAAGUGAGAGCAUUUUGAUUGUAAACAAUAAUAUAAGCUUCUAUAGUAUCCGUUAUUAGCACUUCUGGUUAGUUUUUGUUGCACUAAAUCAGCCAUAUGCUAUGUAUUGUUGGCUAUUUAUAUAUACCCUAUUUUUCGGACUCCAAGCCGCUACUUUUUUCCUAUGCUUUGAACCCUGCGGCUUAUAAAACUGCGGCUAAUUUAUGGAAUUUUUUCUGCAAAUGGUCAUAAUGUUUUGUAUUCAACAAAUCGUUUUCAUAAAACACCGACAGACACUGAAAAUGUGUGUUAUUGUUUGUACUAUGACGCCGUCUUUUCGACAAGUUCGUUCAAUACCGGUGCUGCGGUUUGAAAAUGUACUUCCUGUUUCGUGCCUUGAACUGGAAGUAUAACCGUGUAUAGCAUUUCUGCUCGAAAGGAUACUUCAUUCAUCACUCCAAACAACUUAGGAAGUUUUAAAAUACAACUAAAACAAUUUCUACUUACUAAAACAUCCCAUGUGUGAUGUCUGUAGGAGUGUUUUCAUGCAUAUUUGUCGGAACGUAAUGGAGCUAGUGUCAUUGGCAUUAGCGAAUAUGCUAACACGUUUACAAGUGUCUGUGUCAGCAUUAUUAACUUACAAUGGCAUUCUUUUUGUAUUGUUUCAGUUUCUAAAAUUCACCAAAACCUCACUGUAGAGUUAAUGAGUCUGUUUAGCUGAUUGGAGAGCUCGCUUCCGCAGCUAGUGGGUCCAUAACGAUGACUUCUAUUUUGUUUGAUCAGCCGUUUUACUGCUAUGAGACAGGCACCGUUUGCAAACAAUUAAGGUAUGUAAAUAAACAUUUACAAAAAUCUGUAUUACUGGUAUAUAUCUACAGCUUAUGGGCUGGUGCGGCUAAUAUAUGUACAAAUAUUUAUUUCUUCUCAAUUUUGGUGAGUGCAGCUUAAAUACCGGUGCACUCUAUGGCCCGUAAAAUAUGGUAGUAACAAUUCUGUUUUGUUUUCAUGUGGUAUUUACGUUCUGCAUCGCCAGCAAUAGCAUUUCCUCUUCAUCCACUGUGUUUGAAGCUUGCAGAAAGAGUGCAUAUUUCCCAUAAGUUGUUAAUAUUCAGACAAGGCAAGCGCAAGAAUAGCUUUAGUGGGUGUGGCCGUCUUGAUUUCCGAACCUCAUAGCUGGAACGUAAGUUGUUAAUAUUCAGACAAGGCAAGCACAAGAAUAGCUUUAGUCGGUGUGGCCAUCUUGAUUUCCGAACCUCAUAGCAGGAACGCUCACAACUCGGCUCCGACUUCCAACUUUCGAGGUAAAUGGAUCGCAGGAAUAGUAUUGCAUACCUUAAGGACUUUUUUUUAAAUCGCAAACAAUUUUAUACACGAUACAUAAAUAGGGGGUCCUCGCUCUAUCUCUCCAUCAGUUUGGGAAUAAUUGGCCUGGAAAACAUUGAAGACCCUCUGAUUUGGAAUAUUAGAAACAUUCUUAGAAAAAUGCAACUCGUAUCUUGUCACUUUAUUCCUGAAACAUUUCUGCAAUGAUACAAUAUAAAAUAUGAAUAAUGUAUAUUUUAUCCUCUCAACAUUUAUCUGGUAAUAUAGCAAUUGUAUUCUCUUUUUUUAUUCAUAACAUUUUUCUCGUAUUUUUAUUUCUUGCCGUACGUGUGGCCUUGGUCCUCCUUGGUAGUGCUAUCCGUACUGUAUGUAUCAGCCAGGUUUUUACUGUAUUGACGUGGGGGUGGUUGUACGUUAGCACAUACGUUGCCAAGUGUUUACAGUCAUUUCAUCGGUAAGCGGAAUCACCCUGACUUUAUUUACUUCUCUAGUGGCCAUUUAGAUUGGGAUGAAAGCAAACUGACGUUGUUCGGUGUUGCUUGUGUCGUCCGCGCUGCUUGGACAUGUGUUACAUCACACUCCUUUUGUCUUUGCGUCACAGCACAUCAGCCUAAUUUGUCUUAAGAAGGGAUUCUACAAAUAAGAUGUGUAUUUUCUUUGGACUCCUGCUGAGGAGAUUAGGAGUAAUAUAUUUGUAUUGGAGGCCCUGAACGCCCCAUUAUAUUGAUGUCAAUGCCUAUAUUCUAUAUUUACUAUAUGAUGUCACAUGAGAAGAUUUGCAGUGAGCGUAGUAGAAACACAAAGUGUGUCUUCAUAGUUCUGUGGUAGCUGCAGACACUACACACGCGUUUCUUCCUGGCGCGUGUGUGGACAAUUUCCAUUUUAAGGCGACUUGUUACGAUGCUACUGAUCUCUGCAGUUCUAGUUUUGACCUUGUCCUCUUUUCUUACUCUUUUUGUAUGGAUGGCAUUUAUUUUACUCUGGAAAUAAAUACUUUUUCAAUAACA